CGGCGCGUCACUGAGCCGUGUGGUUCACGCCCCGCUGCAGGAUUUCGCCACUUUUCCUGUCUACAGUUUUGUGAAGGAACUCACAGGAAAGGGAAGCUGGAAACGAAGAGAGGAGAAUAAGUAAAGGCUAAAUACGGAAGAAAACCUGAGAGUUACGACGACAGAAAGCCUCGAGAUCUUCACAAGGAGGCAGCAGCAGCAGGAGAGACAUUUUUGUUCAUCCUUCUGCGAGCGAGGGACUGCCGACCACGAUGGCUGAGGGCAAGCUGGUUCUUCAGGCUCCGGAGAACAACAAGGAGCCCAUCGCCUUGGUCCUCGACGACGUCAUACCAGAAAAAUUUGGCCCUGACAGUGACCUCAAGGCCCUCGAGAUCUCCUCCGGCACCGGCCAGCAUGUCGUCCACCUGGCCCGCCGCUUCCCUAGGGUCCAGUGGCGACCGUCCGACGUGGAGGAGAAGUACAUCGAGAGCAUCAAGGCGUACCUCAAGGAUGAAGGAUUGACGACUGUGUCGGAGCCGCUGCUGAUUGAUGUUUGUAAGCCUGUCAGCGAGUGGCCCGGCGACAUGGGUGAUGGUUCGCUGGACCUCAUACUGAACAUCAACAUGGUCCACAUCACGCCCUGGGAGUGCACCGAGGGUCUCUUCACCGCCGCUGGGAGGCUCCUGCGGCCCAAGGGCAUCAUGGUCACCUAUGGGCCCUAUGCCAUCCACGGGGAGAUCACGCCUGAAAGCAACGUGGCCUUUGACGCAUCCCUCAAGAGCCAGAAUUCUGCCUGGGGCCUGCGCGACGUGGAUGACCUGGAGAAGGAGGCAAAGAAGAACGGGAUGGUGUUCGACGCAAUGUUCAAUAUGCCCGCCAAUAACAAGAUACUGGUGUGGCAGAAGACUGGGGAGGAGUGAGGAGGAGGAAGAGGAGAAGGAGGUGGAGGAGGAGGAGGAGGAGGUAGGGGAAGAAGGAGGAGGUGGAUGGUGAUGUUAGUGAUGUUGGAUGGUGGUGGUGGUCUCUCUCUCUUGUGGUGGUGGUGGUUUGUGCUGGACCAAACCUCAUAUAUCAACACCACCACCACCACCAUCAUCACUACCACAUCGGAAGGCUAGUGUGUGUGUGUGUGCAUGCGUUGGUGCUGGGGUUCACUUCCAUAGCAGACGUCGCGUCAACACAUAACACGACGAACCAAAGAAGAACUCUCAGCCUAGGGUCCAUCAUGGCAUAGAGUGUGUGUUCGUGCGUUUGUUUCAUAACCAUGCACUCGUCACGCUUAUAUAUAUUUUUCCACUGCGCGUACGUCUAUAUUUUUACACUCGGCAAGCAUCUCACUUGUAGUAUAAAUUCCACGGUUAUUAUUCAGCAAAUCAACUCUCGCUGUGAUUUUUACGAAGACUCACUACUAUUAUUAUUAUUUACUAGAACAUUUAUUUAUUUAGUUACUUAUUUACCUUGUUUUAUUCAUGUGAGGUUGUGUGUGUGUGAGUGAGUCUUGUCAUCACUCAGUUGUGACAAGUAAAGAUUUCGUAUUCCAUUUCAUUUGAGAACAAGAAAAUAAUGAUUAAAUAUACGUGUACUAACGUAAACCGAAUCAUAUUAAUAGUAAACCAGCCAAAGGUUAAGUCAGAUAUUUAAGAGCAGAAAAACAUAAGGUUAAAAGCCACAUAUUAAUAACAGAAGAAAGAAAGCUUAAGCCAAUAAAAGAAAGGAAACUUAACCCACAAAUUAAUAGCAAAAGAACAUAGAGUUGAGUCGAAUGCAGUAGGCAGGGCCGAAUAAAGACCUUUAGAGGCCCUAAGCACUGAAUAGAUUAUGGCACCUCACCCCCCAUAUAUAUGUAAUUCGAAAUAAAAACAAUACUUUAUUUUAUUGUGCACCCCCUUUUUGUGGGCCCUGGUUCAGCUGCAACAUUUA